ACUAAAUUGCUGUAUAAUUUUGCAUUUGUUUAGACGAACCGAUACUGGACACCUUUGAGCUCUCUCCCUCCAUCUCUCUGUCUGCGAUAUCAACUGGUUUCUCGGAAAACCCUCUGGUUUUUCUUCACAUAAUUCAUGCGCUUUCACUAUUCGGUUUUGAGAUCUUACUUCUUUAUUUUUCUUUCAAUUUUUUCUCGGCGUUUCAAGAAGUUACAGAAGAGUUUGAAUUCUAUCUGCCUUCUUCCUUUCACUCUCUUUUUAGGGUUUCGUGUUGACGUAUAGGAUUUAGGGGUGUAUUUCUGAGAGCCAUCGCUAUGUAAAAAACAUAAUCGAGGUGUAAAUAAUACGUGGGAGUCUUCCGAAUUCGAUUCCUAUUGAUUUGGAUUUUGAUUUCGGCAUUCGAUGUGAAGUUAGGGCUUGCCUUUGGAGUGUGGAUUCGUCGACUUGAAUGGUUGAGAACAUGAUUAUCAAACGGACUAUGAAACUUGAAAUGCCUAAUCUGAAGCGGUGCAAGCUCGAAGAUUCCGAUUGGGAGGGAGACGAUGACGAUGACCGCUCUUGUUCAGUGAAUUCGAAGAAAAGGAAACCCAAUGGGUAUCACUCAGUUGGUGGCGGUGAGGUUGAAGAUUGCAGCAACGGCUCAGGUUAUUCCUGUUGGAGCGAAAGCGAAGGAUCGUAUAUGAGCGGAGAGUUCGAGUCGAACUCGAAGCAAUUGAAUAGAAAAGGAGAGGUGCAACAGUGCUCGGAGCGAUUUCGGCCGCCGCUGUUAAAGUCGUCGCGAGGGCGGGUUCAGAUGUUGCCUUCGAAGUUGUAUGACUCCGUUGUGGAUGUAUGGAAGACAGGGGAGUCGAAAUUCAAUAACAAGGAUUCGAGCUUACAAGGGGACGAGAUGGAAUUAAAAGAUACGAAAUUUGUUAGAAAGAGCGAGGAGGACAAGUCAAAGUUGAAAAACUCGAAGCUUUAUCCAAAUGUUGAAAAGGAAGAGGAAGAAAAAGUUGGAUAUGUAGCUUAUAAGAAUUUUUAUCGUAGGAAGCAUUUAAACUCAAGUAGCUCCACCGCAAAAAGCUUUGGUUUGAAUUCUCCAGCGUUGAUAAGAAUGGACACUUAUAAACCCAGGUUUAGUUUUACCGGAAUUGAGCGACUGGCGAAAGGGAAUGCUGGGAAGAGGAAGGAGGUUUAUAAGCCCGAGGACUUUGCUUUGGGUGAUAUAGUUUGGGCAAAGUGUGGGAGGAGAUACCCGACUUGGCCGGCCGUAGUGAUCGACCCCAUAUCGCAAGCUCCAGAAACGGUCUUGAGUUGUUGCGUUCCUGGUGCUAUAUGUGUAAUGUUUUUUGGGUAUUCGAAGAAUGGAACACAAAGGGAUUAUGCGUGGGUGAAGCAGGGAAUGUUGUUUCCCUUCAUGGAAUUCAUGGACAGAUAUCAGGGGCAGACCCAGUUGUACAAGAGCAAGCUGAGUGAUUUUAAGAGGGCAUUGGAGGAGGCAUUGUUGGCAGAAAACGGUAUUCUGGACACAAACCUUGGGGCUGGGGAAAUUGCAAUUCCAGAAGAAAAUCCCAAGGAAAUCCAAGAGGCCACUGCUUCUAAUCUGGACCAGCAAUACUACUCCCAGAAUCAGGAUGAGUAUUAUAAGGAUACAAUACCAUGUGAUGGCUGUGGUUUGUUUCUGCCAUGCAAGACUAUGAAGAAAAUGAAGGGUCCAACUUGCGAGACCCUGCUUUUGUGUAAACAUUGUGCUAAGCUACGAAAAUCCAGACAAUAUUGUGGCAUUUGCAAGAAGAUUUGGCACCAUUCAGAUGGAGGGAAUUGGGUGUGUUGUGAUGGUUGUAACGUUUGGGUGCAUGCUGAGUGUGACAAUAUUUCCAGUGAACUAUUCAAGGAUCUGGAGAGCAUUGACUACUAUUGCCCAGAUUGCAAAGCAAAGUCCAACAAUGAAUUAUCAACUUUGGGAAGAUGCCAGCCAAAAUUGAGCUCUGUUGAAAAUAGGGGAGAAACUGUUUUGCCUGAGAAGGUAACAGUGGUAUGCAAUGGCAUGGAAGGAACUUAUAUUCGAAGACUUCAUUUAGUAAUAUGUAACUGCGGUUUGUGCGGGUCAAAGAAGCAAACACCUAGUGAAUGGGAACGACACACAGGUUGCAGAGCCAAAAAGUGGAAGUAUAGUGUGAAAGUGAAGGGUACAAUGCUAACACUAGAAAAAUGGAUUUCAGAGCAUAAUACACAUGGUAUGGAUCCUCUAAAGCUUGAUAAGCAGCAGUUAUUCACUUUUUUGAAAGAGACAUAUGAGCCUGUCCAUGCAAAAUGGACAACGGAAAGGUGUGCUGUAUGUAGAUGGGUUGAAGAUUGGGAUGAUAACAAAAUCAUCAUCUGCAACAGAUGCCAAAUAGCCGUCCACCAAGAGUGCUAUGGGGCAAAAUCUGUGCAGGAUUUUACUUCAUGGGUUUGUAGAGCAUGCGAAUCGCCUAAUGUCAAGAGAGAGUGCUGCCUUUGUCCUGUAAAGGGUGGUGCUUUGAAGCCAACUGAUGUUGAGACACUGUGGGUUCAUGUAACGUGUGCUUGGUUCCGGCCUGAAGUUGGUUUCUCAAAUCAUGAGAUUAUGGAACCUGCCGUUGGAAUCCUUAGAAUUCCGUCUAAUUCAUUUUUGAAGCGAUGUGUAAUCUGCAAGCAGAGCCAUGGUUCCUGCACACAGUGCUGCAAGUGUGCUACUUAUUUUCAUGCAAUGUGUGCAUCAAGAGCAGGAUAUAGCAUGGAAUUGCACUGCUUGGAAAAGAAUGGGACACAAAUGACCAAAAAGUUGAUAUAUUGUGCAGUCCACAGGGUCCCAAACCCUGAUUCUGUUCUAGCUAUUCAUACUCCUUCGGGAGUUUUUUCCCCUAGAAGCUUGCUGGAGAACCGGAAGGGGUGCUUCCGAGGUUCAAGGCUGGGUUCACUAAAGAAAACUGAACUUCUUGAAUCUCCAAGCUUAGAGAGUAAUGAGUUUGAGCCGCUCUCUGCUGCAAAAUGCCGCAUUUUCAAAAGAUUAAGGAGCAAGAGGGCUGAAGGGCAGCCGAUAUUUCAUCGACUAAUGGGGCCAAGCCGUCAUUCUUUAGAUGAGAUAAAUAGCUUGAACACAAAUAAUGGGUUAGAAAAUCCUAAGAUUUUCACUUCCUUGAGGGAACGACUUCACCACUUACAGAGAACUGAAAAUCAUCGGGUUUGCUUUGGUAAAUCUGGUAUACAUGGAUGGGGUCUCUUUGCACGAACGGACAUUGAAGGAGGAGAAAUGGUGGUUGAGUAUCGUGGUGAGCAGGUGAGGCGCAGUGUUGCAGAUCUGAGGGAGGCAAAGUACGGAUUAGAAGGCAAAGAUUGUUAUCUUUUCAAGAUCAGCGAGGAUGUUGUAAUUGAUGCCACAGAUAAAGGGAAUAUAGCACGGCUAAUCAACCACUCGUGCAUGCCCAACUGUUAUGCGAGGAUCAUGAGUUUGGGUGAUGAGAGCAGGAUAGUUCUUAUUGCAAAGACCAAUGUUUCUGCCGGUGAAGAACUAACGUAUGAUUACUUGUUCGAUCCGGAUGAGCGUGAUGAGUUGAAAGUUCCUUGCCUCUGUGAAGCUCCCAAUUGUAGGAAGUUCAUGAAUUAAGUUGCGCAUUCUUUUUAGUCUUCAAGGAGCUAACCCAUCUCCUAACCGAUGAGCAUUCGUUCAUUAAUAUUUUCCUUUUCCUUUUUUUUUUUUUAAAGUGAGCUUGUAAUU